AUGAAGUUAGAUUGUAAAGCAAUUAGAUAUUUAUCUAAAGAUGAUUGGCGUACACUCGUUGCCGUCGAGAUGGGUAUGAAGAAUCAUGAAUACGUACCUGUUUCAUUGAUUUGCAAUAUCGCCAAUCUUAGAUAUGGUGGUGGAAAGAAAUCAAUCAAUAAUAUUCAUAAAUUUAAAUUAUUAUUCCAUGACGCUAGAAAGUAUGAUGGUUAUAAAUUAACAUAUUUAGGAUAUGAUUAUCUUGGAUUGAAAGCAUUAGUAUCACGUGAUAUCAUUUCAUUCGUUGGAAAUCAAAUUGGUGUUGGAAAAGAAUCUGAUAUCUAUGUUGUUGCAAAUGAUAAGAAUGAAGAGAUGAUUCUAAAGUUACAUAGAUUGGGUAGAGUAUCAUUCAAGACUAUCAAGAACAAUCGUGACUAUCUCCAACAUAGAAAGUCUGCUUCAUGGUUGUAUCUAUCUCGUCUAUCGGCAUUGAAAGAGUUUGCCUACAUGAAAGCACUCUAUGACAAUGGAUUCCCAGUACCACAACCAAUCGAUUGCAAUCGUCAUUGUAUUGUUAUGACUCGUGUCAAAGGUUAUCCCUUAACACAAAUUGUUGAAUUAAGACAUCCAAGAAAAGUAUAUAGUGAUCUAAUGAAUUUGAUCGUUCGUUUGGCCAACUACGGAUUGAUUCACGGUGAUUUCAAUGAAUUCAAUAUUAUGAUUAGUGACGACGAGGAGAUUACUUUGAUCGAUUUCCCACAGAUGGUAUCGACUUCACAUCUUAAUGCAGAGUACUACUUUGACAGAGAUGUCAACUGUAUUAGAUCAUACUUUGAAAAGAGAUUCAACUUUAUCGGUGAGCAAUAUCCAAAGUUCUCUGAUUACAAGCAAUCACUUUACAACCUCGACGUACUCAUCUCUGCAAGUGGUUUCACCAAAGAUUUACAAAAAGAUAUGGAUGAUUUGACAAAAGAACAAGAUGACGAUGAUGAAAAUGAAGAGAAUAGUGGUGAUGAACAAACUUCAACAACAAAUGAAAAUGAAUCAAAAGAUAACAAAGAUAAUGAAGAUGAAGAUGAUGACGAAGAAGAGGAAGAGGACGAAGAAGAUGACGAUGAAGAGGAUGACGAAGAUGUAGAUGAAGAAGAGGAAGAAGAUGAAAAAGUAGAUAAUGGUCAAAUGAAAAAGAAAGAUGAUGGAGUUAAAGAGAUAACAAAGAAUAUGAAAGGUCUCGUUAAUAAUAAUAGAAAUUUUAAGUUUUCGGAUGUGAAUGAGUACGAACCAGCACCGAUCGUAUUGAGAAAAGAGUUUAUCGAUGAGAUGAACGUUCUCGAGAAUGUUCAAGCCGAGCCUGUUGUCGAAGAAGAUGUGAUUCUAGAUGAAGAGGCACUCGAAGCAGAGAGAAAGCGUGAACAACAAGUUAGAAUUGCUAAUAGAGUAAAGAAACAAUUGACUAAAUCUCAAAAGACAAGAGUCUCUGCAAGAAACACUGCCAAGUCAAGAUCAAGAACCGAAGUUAAGAAUCAUAUCAACGCAUUCAUUUAA